UCUCUUUUCAUUCUACAAGCUGAAAACAUGAAGGGGGUCAUUGCUCUUCUCCUGGCAGCUCUGUUCUUCGAGGGACUCAGUGCAGAGUGUCCCGACCCAGCCACGCUGAAAGAUGAUUAUGGAAGCAAGCUCUGUGCCCAGAUGUUUGAGAAAAGCAGCUACUAUUACGAUGAAAGCUGUAGUGGCAAAUUCUUUUACGUUUAUCCCGAUGAAGACACCCCCAUCAUGUCAUGGGCUUGGAAUAACCGAAUUUCCUCUCUUGUGGUGGGCCGAGGCUGCUCCCUGACAGUGUGGUCCAAAUCCAAGAAGCAAGGACAUAAGAAAAAGUUUUCUGCUGGCAUCGUGUACCACCUUAAGGAAGUGAAGAAAGGCCUGUUUGGAGACUGGAACGAUUCCAUCUCAGGCUACUACUGCACAUGCUAGACGUGAAGAAUGAAUACAGAGGCUGAAAGGACAUUAAAAUGUAUUGCCAAUGAUACAAGAUAACAACUGUAACCCUUUUAAAUCUGUUUUCGGAAGUAGAAAUUCUGCUCUAUGUAAUUCUGCUAAAUGCCUGCAAGUGAAUUAAACACCAUGUUGCUGCAGGGAAUCUCUGCAUGAACGUGACGCAGAAACAUUCAA